CGGGGGAUCCUUUGCAACUGCGCUUGUCGCCGACGUGCACGAUGGAGCAAUCAAGAACUGUUCUCGUGGAGCAUAGCAGUCGGUCAUAGGGCGGGGUGUCCGUGACAAUGCAGGACGCUCGAGAAGACAGACCUCAGACACAGCGGCCACCGAGGUCAUCGUCUGCAUGCACGAGCAGCCAUAGCAGACCGCCUGCGUUGCCGACCCCGUUCCGCAUUGGGGUUCCCCAUACUGUCCCUCCAGGAAAAGUGACGACAACGACUGCGGCAGAGUCCCCCCAAGUGAUAGAGAGGAUCAUAGCGCAGUACUCCAGGAUGCGCACGGAUGUUGAACACGACGACGGAGGUGACGACAACACUCGCGGUGAGGAUGUGGCGGACGAGGACUGCAUGGACGACGACGAUGAGAGCGACGAGGACGACGACGCUGCGGCGAAGGAAGUGUCAUCAACGGCCGGCGAGACGAAGCCAAGCAAGAGACGUGGGAGGUCGAAGGCGAGGGAGGAAGGGGGGGGUGCGGAUGCCGAGGGUGGGGGAGGGAGCACACGACAGAAGUGGCAUUUGGACGAAUUGCUCGUCCUUGUCUGGUGCAAAAGGGACCUCGAUGAUCACAUGGCGAGCCAAGGCAGCAAAUUCGCACGUAUGAAGACGAAGACCUGGAAAUGGAAUGAGAUCGCGAAGCGGAUGGCCCAACAGGGGGUUACAAAUAGAGAUGGGGAUUUGUGCAUGAAGAGAUGGGAGAACAUUUUUGGGUGGUAUAGAAAAAUUUGGGAUAGUGAGAAAGACACCGACGUGCAAUCUUUGUUCCUACUCACCUCAAAGAAGCGCAAAGAACAGGGGUACAAGUUCGCGAUGGAUCGACAAAUAUACGAUGCCAUCCACGCGACAACCCCCAACAAUCAGGCCAUCCACCCGCCUAAUCUGCAUGACACCGGUGGACUGCCUCCACAACAACCCAACGACGUCGACCAAAGCCAAGGAAGAGGGCCGACUGUCGUCGGUGAAACGUCUGCAAGUGACAACAUGGAUAGCGGAGCGGGGGAUGGGUAUGGCAGCAGGUCUUCAAGGGGGGGGCUUGUGGGGAAGCGGAAGAAUGCACGACAACUGGCCUUUGAUGCUGUCACAGACGUCAUGUGGCAGAUUAUGUGGAUCGCGCCAGCAAGCGUCAAUGCGAUGUGCUGCAACAACAAUGCGAUAUCAUGGAGAGGGAGGCCAGGACGCAAGAGAAACAGUGCGAUGUGCUUGACGCGGCGGGGUUCAACUUCGUCUCCUUCGUGGAUUGCGACGCACAUGGAGAUUGAUGUGGCGUUGAGGGGGAGGGUCUUGGGUCGCUCCGUCGUCUUCUACGAGAUGCGGCACUGGCGCGGGAAUGACUAUGGGAGGGACUUCGGUUUCGAGAACGGGGUCUCGAAACAUGACGUUCGACAUUACGAGAUUGACGCGGAUGGAGACACGUGCCUCCAUCUGACAGUAGGGUUUGGAUUUGGCAGAGGGUUUCUGCGGCAGUUGGUUGUUUUCGCUCAAAAGGUGGGCACAACCAUCCCCGAUCGUUGGUCAGCAGGUGUGGACGUGUUGGCAGAAUUCAUCGACCUACUCGUGUCCAACGUGGCGAUGGGGUACACAUGCCGCCUCCAUGACCUGGCGUUGUACGUCGUCCAGGCUGAGCCGCCUUUAGCCAAUCGCGAGUAUCUGCACAGCAAAGUACGGGUCAUUACGAAUGACUUCUACUGAGCUCAGCGAUGGCGACCGCGGCAUGAACAAAGUCCAUCUCUCUCUUCUUGUAUAAUUUUAAUUAAUAAUAUUAACCCAAAUAAGA